UCAUCCCAAGCAAGAAAUAGUACGAGAGAGAGAGAGUGAGACUGAGAGCAAGAGAUCGAGAAUCGGAAUGGAGAAACCCAGCGAGAUCAGCAGCAACAAGAUGUUUGGGGGCUUCAAUCGGAGAUACAAGCACACCAGCUCCACCCUCGGCUGCUCCAUGACCUUCUCCAUCUACUUCCCCCCUUCGCUCACCUCCUCCCAGAAGCUCCCUGUUCUGUACUGGUUGUCUGGCCUUACUUGCAAUGAUGAGAAUUUCAUUAUCAAAUCUGGUGCCCAAAGAGCUGCUGCUAGUGAGGGUGUUGCUCUUGUUGCUCCUGACACAUCUCCGAGAGGUCUUAAUGUGGAAGGGGAGGCUGACAACUGGGAUUUUGGUGUUGGUGCUGGAUUUUAUUUAAAUGCUACACAGGAGAAAUGGAAAAACUGGCGCAUGUAUGACUAUGUCAUAAACGAACUACCAAAAGUUUUGGCUGAAAAUUUCGAGCAGCUUGACACAUCAAGAGCAUCCAUUUCUGGGCAUUCAAUGGGUGGGCAUGGGGCCUUGACCAUUUACCUCAAAAACCCUGACAAGUACAAGUCUGUUUCUGCUUUUGCACCGAUUAUCAAUCCGAUAAACUGCCCUUGGGGUCAAAAAGCCUUUUCAAACUACUUGGGUAGCAAUAAGCCUGACUGGGAGGAAUAUGAUGCCACUUGCUUGGUUGAAAAGGGCAAAAAAGUUUCAACUACAAUUUUGAUUGAUCAGGGAGAGGAUGACAAGUUCCUCCAUGAUCAGCUCUUGCCUAAGAACUUUGAGGAAGCCUGCAAGAAGCAAGGUGUUCCUCUGGUUUUGCGACUGCAACCCGGCUAUGAUCAUUCUUACUUUUUCAUUGCAACCUUCAUCGAAGAUCACAUCCGUCAUCAUGCGCAAGCUCUGAAGUCUCCAUGAACUGUGCUUCGAUUCUUACUAGUAGCCUUUGAAUCAGAACUGUCCCAGCGAUCGUAUUAAGUGUUCGUGCAUACCGUGUUAUUUGCACUAGUUAAAUGUUAAACCCUCUGUUUUGGCCCAUAAAAACUGAGGAGCCUGUUCAUAGUUGAUUUGCAUGAUGAGGAUUGGUGGAUGUUCUUGGCAAUGUUUCAAUUGUAGUUCUUUGUGUUUGUUUGUUUGUC